AUGGUUCUUUCCCGCGCGGAAAGGAUCCAAAAUGCGAUCUGCAAUGUGCAGUUUGGGGUGUCGGAAGACUUCGCAUCACGCCGCUGGAAUGUGCCCGUCGCCGAAAUACGAGCUGGCCUUCAAAAUUCAACUAUUAGGCACAGGAUUCCUCGCAAGAAUCGAAGCCGCGUGCCGCGACAGGACGAAAGCCGCUUCGUUGGCCACAUUUUGAAGGAGGAGGAGACUGCUAAGUCUCCCAUGACACCAAUGGAUCUCGUGGAUUUCAUUUAUUGCUAUCUAAGCCUGAAUGGAGAUACCGCGCCCCUGGAAAAGGACUUUGUUGCCAACUUCCUGCACCGCAAUCCUGAGGUUGAGUUGGCUGAAGACGGCUAUCUUCGUGUUGUUACUGAAGCUAGCGACGAGGAGGAGGCCGGUAGACAAAUGGAGUGUGAUUCGGAUGAUUCCGAAAAUCCAAACUCUCUCGCGCCAUAUGUCAGCCAGUUUCCGUUCCUCGUGGUUGAACAAGAAUCAGAAGACGAUGGAUCUGAUGAAGCAGAUGAUUUAGACGUAGAGGCGGAGGUUAUAGAGCGCUAA